AUGCACCAUGAAACCCCUGAACUUCCAGCUUCCCUCCCACAAAGGUAUUUAUGUCUGCACCCCCACACCCUCCCAGUGAUGUCAGAGAGCAGAGGUGUCUCACUCUAUGGAGACCAGAUUCUCUUUACCUAUGUCCUGGCUUCCAGAGCCUUCAGCUCCUCCCAGGGUUCCCCUGGGGCUUCGCUCUACCAGCUUUCACCUCUCCCCGCUUUUCUGGUUCUUUCCACGUGCAAGCUCCCCCAUCAUGAAAAAAUGAAACAGGGACUUCCCUGGUGGUCCAGUGGUAAAGAAUUCACCUUGCAAUGCAGAGGACACUGGGUUGAUCUUGUUGGGGAACUAGGACCCCACAUGCUUCGGAGCAGGUAA